CAUAUUUUCUUUAUGUGGUUGCAUAUCUUAUUUUUCCUUACAGACGCCUCCACCUCAAUAAGAAAGCCACAGACAAACAGCCAUAUAGUAAGCUGCCUGCUGUUUCACUUCUAAAGCCAUUAAAGGGUGUGGAUCCUAACCUGAUCAACAACUUAGAAACCUUCUUUGAACUGGAUUAUCCAAAAUAUGAAGUACUGCUCUGUGUACAAGAUCAUGAUGAUCCAGCUAUUGAUGUGUGCAAAAAGCUCCUUGGCAAAUACCCAAACGUUGAUGCUAGGCUGUUCAUAGGUGGCAAGAAGGUUGGCAUCAACCCCAAAAUUAACAACUUAAUGCCUGGCUAUGAAGUUGCAAAAUAUGAUCUCAUAUGGAUUUGUGAUAGUGGAAUCAGAGUAACACCAGACACACUGACAGAUAUGGCCAACCAAAUGACUGAAAAAGUAGGGUUGGUCCAUGGUCUUCCCUACGUUGCAGACAGACAGGGUUUUGCCGCUACCCUUGAACAGGUUUAUUUUGGAACUUCACACCCAAGGUCAUACAUUUCAGCCAACUUAACUGGCUUUAAGUGUGUAACAGGAAUGUCAUGCUUAAUGAGGAAGGAUGUCUUGGACCAAGCCGGAGGACUGAUAGCUUUUGCACAAUACAUUGCUGAAGAUUACUUCAUGGCCAAAGCUAUAGCUGACCGGGGCUGGAAGUUUGCAAUGGCCACACAAGUUGCAAUGCAAAACUCUGGUUCAUAUUCUAUUUCUCAGUUUCAGUCCAGAAUGAUCAGGUGGGCCAAACUGCGAAUUAAUAUGUUGCCUGCCACAAUAAUUUGUGAGCCAAUCUCAGAGUGUUUUGUUGCCAGUCUAGUUAUUGGAUGGGCAGCUCAUCAUGUGUUUAGGUGGGACAUAAUGGUAUUUUUCAUGUGUCACUGCUUGGCAUGGUUUAUAUUUGAUUACAUUCAACUAAAAGGUGUUCAGGGUGGCGCUCUGUGUUUUUCAAAACUUGAUUAUGCAGUAGCUUGGUUCAUCAGAGAAUCCAUGACAAUUUAUAUUUUCCUAUCUGCUUUGUGGGACCCCACUAUUAGCUGGAGGACAGGACGCUACAGAUUACGUUGUGGAGGCACUGCAGAGGAAAUUCUUGAUGUAUAGCCACAGCUUUGUAACUGUAGAUGUCAAAAAGAGAAAGGGGAAUAAAAGUAUUAUAAAUUGUUUAUA